AUGGCUUUCGUCUACACCUAUUCCCAGACGAACCGAGGAACGAAGACGAGGUUCUGGUUCUUCGACAUCCCGGUGGUAUUCCUGCCAUAUGCAAUGCUUCUUAUCACCAUGGUGACGUACGGAUGGCAUAGCGCGGUGGUAGAAUCCACGGGAAUUGUCGCUGCCCAUACUUAUGAUUUCCUCACACGUAUCUACCCAACUUUCGGAGGUGGAAGAAAUUUCAUCACUGUCCCCCGCUUCGUGGAGAGGUACUUCGCCACACACGACGCCAACAGCGGAUACCGAGGAUAUGGAACGGCGAGGCGCGCACCACGGCCAGCUGAGGAACCCUCGUCGGCAUCAGCAUCAGGAUCAUCCUGGACCAGCUGGACCUCUUCGAAUUCUUGGAAUGGCAGAGGCACUGGCCGGAGACUCGGUUAG